AUGGCUGCGAACGGUGACUCGCGGCCCGCGCCGGGCGACCGUACCGUCAUUGGUAUCACCUUUGGCAACUCCAAUAGCUCCAUCGCCUACACCGUGGACGGGAAGGCCGAGGUCAUCGCUAACGAGGAUGGAGACCGUCAAAUUCCCACCAUCCUUUCCUACGUUGAUGGAGACGAGUACUACGGCGCUCAGGCCAAGAACUUCCUUAUCAGGAAUCCCAACAACACGAUCGCAUACUUCAAGGACUUCCUUGGCCAGGAGUACGGCUUACCUACAUCUACCUUCAAGGCCAUCGACCCCACCCACAACCACGCCUCCGUCCACCCCCAGGAUGUCAACGGCACAGUCUCCUUCGCUGUGAAGGACAAGGAAGACGCCGAUGAGCCCUCCAUCGUCUCCGUCACCGAGGCCGCAACACGGUACCUCCGCCGCCUCGUCGGCUCCGCCAGCGACUACCUUGGCAAGAAGGUCACGUCGGCCGUCAUCACCGUCCCCACCAACUUCUCCGAGAAGCAGAAGGAGGCCCUCGUCAAGGCCGCCAACGACGCCGAUCUCGAGGUGCUCCAGAUCAUUUCCGACCCCGUCGCUGCCGUCCUCGCCUACGAUGCCCGUCCUGAGGCUAAGGUCGAGGACAAGAUCGUCGUUGUCGCCGACCUGGGCGGCACCCGUUCUGACGUCGCCGUUGUUGCCUCCCGCGGCGGCAUGUACACUAUUCUCGCUACUGCCCACGACUACGAGUUCUCCGGCAGCCACCUUGACCAGGUUCUCAUGGACCACUUUGCCAAGGAGUUCAUUAAGAAGCACAACACCGACCCCCGCGAGAACGCCCGCUCCCUGGCCAAGCUCAAGGCCGAGUCCGAGUCCACCAAGAAGGCUCUCUCCCUCGGCACCAACGCCAGCUUCAGUGUCGAGAGCUUGGCCGAGGGCUUUGACUUCACCUCCACCAUUAACCGUUUGCGCUAUGAGAUGAUCGGCCGCAAGGUCUUUGACGGCUUCAACCGCCUCGUUGAGGGUGUCGUAAAGAAGGCCGAGCUCGACGUCCUCGACAUCGACGAGGUUAUCCUCGCCGGUGGCACCGCCCAUACCCCACGCGUCGCCGCCAACUUCGCCAACCUCUUCCCCGAGUCCACCAACAUCGUCGCCCCGGCCACCCAGGCCGCCGCCAUUAACCCCUCGGAGCUCCUCGCCCGAGGCGCUGCCCUUCAGGCCUCGCUGAUCCAGGAAUACGAGGCCGACGACAUCGAGCAGAGCACGCACGCCGCCGUUACGGUUGUUAAGCACAUUGCUAACGCCAUCGGCGUCGUCGGCGCUAACGACGAGUUCGUCCCCAUCGUCCCUGCCGAGACGGCCGUCCCUGCCCGCCGCACCAUCCACGUUGCCGGCCCUAAGGAUGGCGGCGACGUCCUAGUCCGCAUCGUUGAGGGCGGUGCCCACAUCAAAGUCACCAAGCCCGAGCCCAAGGCCAAACCCGAGGCCAACGGUGACGAGGACGACUCCGACUUCGACUCCGAGGAGGAGGAGGAGGAGACCCGUGAGAAGAUCUGGAAGGUCGGUCCUACCCUGGCCGAGGCAGCCGUUCGCGGCGUCAGCAAGGGUGCCAAGAUUGAGGUCACUAUUAACGUCGCUGCCGACUUGGGCGUUACGAUAACGGCGAGAGAGGUUGGCAGCAAGGGAGGUGUCCGCGGCAACAUCGCGGCUCCUUGA